AUGCUCCGGACGGCAUUGCCCACUCGUCUUCUUGCACGGACUGCUAGAGCAGUAGCUGCGCACCCUCCAAGAAGGACGUUCGUCUCUACUGUUCUUCUCUCAAAGGCAUGGGAAAACGACACCGUGGUAGACCUGCGAAAGGAGGCUAGGAGUCGUGGGCUGUCUACGUACGAUUUCCACUCCUUUUCCCUCCACAAGUCGGCUCAAGAGUUUUACAGGUCAGGGAAUAAAUCUGCUCUUGUCUCCCGCAUUCGAUCGCACGAGGAGAGCAAGGUUGCUGAAGCCGUCCGUUCUAUUGAGACUGUUCGCCAUGCGUCUACGGAUACUGCUGUACCAGGUAAACCUGACAUACCUGCCUCCGCUCCCGCCAUCGAGUAUCUUUCCGUGAAAAUCCCCGAUUUGUCCAUACCACCUGCGGAAACUCCUGUUCAGAUUCCUUUCGUGCCUGAUUACUGGGAUUCAGCUUCAUCCAAGUCCCCUAAGCCUAUGGCUCAGGGACCUACGCCACCACGAAUGCAUGUGGUGGCCGGUCCCGAAACCCACCGGGACGGAGGUCCUAUGCACCAUCUUGAAAAACAGGAGGACGCUCAACUGAAGUCUGUGGACGAACACCCCGAAACAGUACCUGUUAAUGCCUCUCUAUCAACACCCGGCGGCUUGAUUCGUGAUAUUGCGGAUGAUCUAGGGUUGCCUAGGUCUCUCGGUCUCGGUCAACAAACAGAGCAGACCACUGAUAAUUCGGAACAAACCGGAAAAUCGAGACCCUUGCAAGGAGAGGAGAGGAGAGGAAUCUGGGUUCUUCUGGGCAUUAUUGCAGGAUCUUGGUUCGUUGGUGGAGCGGUCAAUGCUGCUCCGAAACAGGUUGUAGAAACUGAGGAGGUUAAACAGUAG